AAAUAUCCUCAUUAUUCUGCCUGUUUUUCUAUUUAUACACAAAGAUUUUGUACAACUUACCACAGAACAGAGAAAUAUGAUGGUUUUCUUGCAAGAAUUGCUUCAGCAAGAGGACCACCUGAAGUUAGCUCUUCUACCCCUGAUCCUCCUUGUCUUCUUUGUCAAAUGGCGAUUUCUGAAUGGCUCAGUAAAGAACCAGAAGUUGCCACCGUCACCAUCAAAACUCCCUGUACUAGGAAACUUCCAUCAACUAGGACAGCUUCCUCACCGCAAUCUCCGAGCCUUGGCUCAGAAAUAUGGUCCCAUCAUGCAUCUUCACUUUGGCAGUGUGCCUACUGUUGUGAUCUCCUCUGCUGAUGCAGCCCGCGAAGUCAUGAAAAUACAGGACAUGAGCUUCUGUGACAGGCCUGAAUCGAGCCUUGUCAGGCGAUUGCUCUACGACAUGAAGGACAUAUCUGCAGCGCCUUAUGGAGAGUACUGGAGGCAGCUGAAAAGUAUUUUUGUCCUCCAGAUAGCAAGUAACAAAAGGGUGCAGUCAUUUCGGAAUCUGAGAGAAGAGGAAACUUCUGUUAUGGUGAACAAGAUUAAAGGCUUGGCUUCUUCCUCAUCAUCAGUGAAUCUGAGUGAGUUGUUCAUGACACUGACCAAUGACAUAUCUUGUAGGUCCGCGUUUGGGAGGAAGUACAGUGAAGGGGGGAGUGGGAGGGAAUUUAAAGAGCUAUUGAGGGAGUUUUUGGAGUUACUUGGUGCUCAUAGUUUUAGGGAUUUUAUUCCAUGGCUUGGAUGGGUUGAUUGGAUCAAUGGUUUGGAUGGUAGACUUGAUAGAGUCUCUAAGCAAAUCGACGAGUUCCUUGAAGGUGUGGUUCAAGAACACAUACAACUUGGUGAAAGUAGCAACCAUGUUGAACAUAAAGAAGACUUUGUUGAUAUCUUGCUCAAGAUUCAGAAGGAAACUAGUCAUGGCAUAUCAAUCAACAACGAAAGUGUCAAGGCUAUCCUCUUGGAUAUAUAUGGUGCUGGAACUGAUACAACGGCUACAGCCCUAGAAUGGGCUAUGACAGAACUCUUGAGACACCCGAAUGUCAUUAAAACUGCGCAGAAAGAGAUCAGAGAAGUUCUUGGUAGCAGACCUGAUAUAACAGACAAAGAUUUGGAAAAAAUGCAGUAUCUGAAAGCAGUGAUCAAAGAGACUCUUCGCCUGCAUCCACCACUACCCUUGUUGAUUCCAAGAUCAGCACGCGAAGAUGUGAAAGUACAGGGCUAUGACAUUGCUGCUGGAACAAUGGUUUUUGUCAAUGCCUGGGCUGUAGGAAGAAACCCUGCAACAUGGACCGAACCAGAGGAGUUCCAGCCAGAGAGGUUCUUAAAUUCCUCUGUUGAUUUCAAAGGACAUGAUUUCCAGCUGAUUCCGUUUGGAGCUGGAAGAAGAGGAUGCCCUGGAAUCGCUUUCGCCAUGGCCACCAAUGAAUUUGUGCUGGCAAAUCUUCUGCGUAUGUUUGACUGGAAGCUACCAGAAGGAACAACUGAGGAGAAUUUGGACAUGAGUGAAACUGCCGGUUCCACAGCUCACAGAACUGUUCCUCUCCUUGCUGUCGCAACUUCCUGCUGCUUGUAGUGUACUUCGGCAAAAAAAAAAACAGGAUUUUCUGAUGAUUGUGUUGAAUUUUGUAUAAAAAAACGAGUGAGCCAACCAUGCAGAGUGCAGACCUUUGCCGAUCAAAUAUGCACCUGGAACUCAUGUAGCAAUUUAAGUUAUUGUGCCUGUAUGAUAUGCUGAAUUGUUUGUUUUGCCUAAAGGAUUAGUUGUUGUGCUUGUCAGAAAAA